AUUCGAAACCGAAAGUAAACUCGAAAGGAACAUGCGGACGUUUUGAAGACGCAAAAGUUGUUAUAAACAUCACAUUAAGAUCUUAAUCAGUUUCUCAUUAUGGAGAACAGCGAGAGCAGUGAGAGAUCUUCAUCUGCUGAUCACAGCUGUGUGUCUCUGAAGAGUGACAGACGCAGAGGUCUUCGUUCUGACCUCAGUGAUGCUCCAGUGACUUCUGACCCCAGGAUCUUCAGGAUGAGGACGAGGAAGAGGAAGAGAUCUUCAUCUCCGGAUCCCAGCUGUGUGUCUCUGAAGAGUGACAGAUCCACGCACAGAGGAUUUCGAGAUAGAAGCAUCUCUCGAGGAGCCGCCUCUGUCUUCUGUCUGAACAACACGAGCGUCACAGCGUCCCUGAAUAAACAUAUCCAACCAGUGAAUGAGGAACUACAGAGAGUCAAAGAGCAGCACAAAACCAGCAUGAAGAACAAGUAUGAGAGAUUGUGUGAGGGACUGAACAGCAUCUACACACAGCUCUACAUCACAGAGGGAGAGAGAGAAGGAGAGAAUGAAGAACAUGAGGUUUUACAGAUGGAGAAAACAGCCAGAACACAACACUCACAAGACACUCGAAUCGACUGCAAUGACAUCUUUAAAGCCUCCGCUGAAGCAGGAUCUGAGGAGAAAGAGCAGAUCAAGACUGUUCUUACUAAAGGCAUCGCUGGAAUCGGAAAAACCGUCUCUGUGCAGAAGUUCAUUCUGGACUGGGCCGAGGGAAAAGCCAAUCAGGAUGUAGAUUUCAUGUUUGUGCUUCCAUUUCGAGAGCUGAACUUGAUCCGAGAUCAUCAGUACAGUCUUCACAGACUUCUGCUGGACUUUCAUCCUGAACUUCAAGAUCUGGACUCACAGAUUUAUGAGGAGUGUAAAGUUGUGUUCAUCUUUGAUGGUCUGGAUGAAAGCAGAAUCACACUGAUGUUUUCAGACGCUCAGAAAGUUUGUGAUGUGACUGAGACUUCAUCAGUGGCUGUGUUGAUGUCAAAGCUGAUGAAAGGAGAGCUGCUUCCCUCUGCUCUCAUCUGGAUCACCUCCAGACCAGCAGCAGCCAAUCAGAUCCCCUCCAAAUACAUCCACCGUCUGACAGAGAUUCAGGGAUUCACUGAGCCUCAGAAGGAGGAAUAUUUCAGGAAGAGAAUCAGUGAUGAGCAUCAAGCCAGCAGAAUCAUCUCACACAUCAGAAGAGCAAGAAGCCUCCACAUCAUGUGCCACAUCCCCGUCUUCUGCUGGAUCUCAUCCACUGUGCUUCAGAAGCUCCUGGAAGAAGAUCUGAGUGCAGAAAUCCCUCAAACUCUGACUGAAAUGUACAUCCACUUCCUGCUGAUUCAGAUCAACAUGAGGAAGCAGAAGUAUGAAGAGAGAGAUCCAGAGAAACUCCUGCCGUCCAACAGAGAAGUGAUUGUGAAACUUGCUGAAGUGGCUUUCAAACAGCUGAUGAAGGGCAAUGUGAUGUUCUAUGAGGAGGACCUGAUUGAGAGCGGCAUAGACGUCACUGACGCCUCGGUGUAUUCUGAGAUCUUUAAGGAGGAACCUGUGAUUCAUCAGAGGAAAGUUUACAGCUUCAUUCAUCUGAGCUUUCAGGAGUUUCUCGCUGCUCUCUAUGUAAUUGACUGCUAUUUAAUUAAGAGCAUGGAGCCACUGCAGUUUUUUCUGCAUGAAUUCAGAUCUUACAGAUUUAAUGUCUCUCUGUAUAAUCUCCUGAGAUCAGCAGUGAAUAAAGCUCUCAAGAGUAAGAAUGGACGUCUGGAUCUGUUCCUGCGGUUCCUGCUGGGCGUCUCACUGGAGUCCAAUCAGAGACUCUUACAGGAUCUACUGACACACACACAGAACAGCUCAAGGAGCAUCAGAGAAACCACACGGGACAUUAAAGAGAUGAUCAAAGAUGCACAUGAUAGUUAUCGUCUCUCAGCUGCUCAAUCCAUCAAUCUGUUCCUCUGUCUGCUGGAAGUGAAAGACCAGACUCUGUUCAGAGAGAUUCAGGAGUUUGUGAAAUCAGACAAACACACAAUGAAGAAACUCUCUCCUCCUCGCUGCUCAAUAAUCGCUUACAUGAUUCAGAUGUCAGAGAAGCCUCUGGAUGAACUGAACCCAAUGAGAUACAACACAUCAGCUGAGGGGAGAAGAAGACUGAUACCAGCUGUGAUCAACUGCAGAAAAGCUCUACUUUCUGGCUGUGGUCUCUCAGAUCAGCAUUGUGAAAUUGUGUCUUCAGCUCUACAAUCCUCAAACAGUGUCCUGAGAGAGCUGGAUCUGAGUAACAAUGACCUGCAGGACUCUGGUGUAAAGUUUAUUUCUGAUGGACUGAAGAGUCCAAACUGUCAGCUGCAGAUACUGAGGUUGUCAAGCUGCAUGGUGUCAGAGGAAGGCUGUAGUUAUUUGUCUUCAGCUCUGAGUUCAAACCCCUCACACCUGAGAGAGCUGGAUCUGAGCUACAAUCACCCGGGACCAUCAGGAGUCCAGCUGCUCAAACACAAACUGGAGGAUCCAGACUAUAAACUACAGAUACUCAAUUUAGCUCAUGGAGGAGAGAUCAGGAUGAGAGCAGGACCACGAAAGUGGGCCUGUGAUCUCACACUGGAUCCAAACACAGCAAACACUCGACUCGUGCUGUCUGAUGAGAACAGGAGGAUCACACAUGAGUAUGAGCAUCAGCAGUAUCCCGAUCAUCCAGAGAGAUUUGAUGAUGUUCCUCAGGUUCUGUGUGUUGAGACCCUGACUGGACGCUGUUACUGGGAGACUGAAUGGAGCGGAGAUAAUGCUGAUAUAUCAGUCUCAUAUAAAGGAAUCAGCAGGAAAGGAGUGAGAGAAGGCUGUAUGUUUGGAUGGAAUGACAAAUCCUGGAGUCUGGAUUGCUCUGAUGACAGAUUCACUGUCUGGCACGAUAAAAACAGCACAGAAAUACCUGCUGACGCUUCAUCCUCUAAGAGAGUAGGAGUGUAUGUGGACGUGUCGGCCGGCUCUCUGUCCUUCUACAGCGUCUCUGACACACACACACUCACACACUUACACACACUCAACACCACAUUCACUGAACCCCUCUGUGCUGGAUUUACAGUUUAUUAUGAAUCCUCAGUGUCUCUGUGCGAUAUUAAACAAUAGAGAGACUCUGGAAAUCCUCUUUCUGAUGUUCAAACGCACAGAAAUCUCACAUUAUGUUUGCACUUAUUUAUUUAUUUUUCAUCUACAAGUUAUAAAUCUAGAUCAGACACAGAUACUGUUUUGAUACUGUUUUGAAUCUUUAAUAAACAGAGUAAUAAAGUUGCUUUAAUA